UCAUUCCUCUACGACGCGACGCGAAAGAGAGUCCGGAGCGAUUCAACAGAUAACAGAAGAGUCUGAUCCGCGAUGCCGUACAUCCUCAUCAGCACACAGAUCCGCCUGGAGACGGGGCCCACUAUGGUCGGAGACGAGUAUUCAGAUCCCUCCAUCAUGAAUUACCUCGGAGCCCGAAAAAUCACCGUACUGGGAAACAACUUCUCUGAAUAUCACGUGGACGAGCCGCCAAGACUGGUUUUAGACAAGCUGGAUAAGAUCGGCUACAGAGUGGUCAGUAUGACAGGAGUGGGUCAAACGCUGGUCUGGUGUCUGCAUAAAGAGAGCAGUAACACCCUGUGAAUGCAGACAGGUAAACACGGUAAAACACCACUGUUGAAGAAUCCAGCGCACAGUCAGCUUUCAUAUAAGAAGGUGCACACAUAUAUUCCAGAUGUGUGCAGCAUCUGAACUCUGUGUCUGAAAUCGCAAUACUUUCUGUCAUUCCAGAUCCCUGAAUUCAUUUUCAUUUAUGCACUUUUAAUACAAUUAAGUUUUGUGAUUGUAAUAUAAUACAAGUUGAUUGUGUAAAAAGGUAGUAAAAUGUCUCUUAGUAGACUAAAUAAAUGAUUUCUAUGUAUCAUUUGGUUUUGCUCUGUCUGAUAUUUCUGAAAGUUAUGUAGUGCAUAGUUUCGAUCAGUCUGAAAUUUGUUGUAAACUGUGUUUGUUGUAGAUCUUGUCAUUUAUGUUGGCUUUUUGUGAUUAAAAAUAU